AUGGCUGAUGUACCACCACCUACCCCUUCCGAGCUCCUCCGGAUGGUUACCGAGCUUCAACAGGCAAACCAGCAAAUGGCUGAGGCAAAUCAACGUAUGGUGGAAGAAAAUCAAAGGAUGCAACAACAAAUCCAGCAAUUAGCCAAUGCUCGCAUCCAACACAAUAAUGAUCCCCAUGGGCGACAAGACAAUGAUGAACGGCAAUCUGCACCAACACAUAUCUCGGAAACACCUCAAGAUAAUGAAGGAGGCGGCCCUCGCAAUGAUGAAGCCCCUCCUGAAGACGAGGAUAAUGAGCCCGACAAUUCUGCAGGGCCAUUCACAGCUGAUAUAAUGAACUUUCAGCUUCCCAGGCAAUUUACCCUGCCCACAACGUUAACCCCCUAUGAUGGCCUGGGAGAUCCGAAGCAACACGUCAAAAAGUUCCGAUCUAUUAUGAUCGUUAAUGGUGCAUCCGAUCCUAUUUUGUGCCGAUGUUUUCCUUCUUUUCUAGAUGGUCCUGCACUUGACUGGUUUUGCUCUUCGCCUGCAGAUUCCAUCUCACGUUUUCAGGAACUGGCGAAGCAAUUCGAGGACCACUUCGCGGCAUCGGCAAUAUAUUUACAUGACUCGGACUAUUUAACAACUGUUAAACAAGGUCCUCAGGAAAGCCUGAAGGACUACAUCACCCGCUUCACAAAGAUCGCCAUGAAAAUCCCGGACCUCCAUCCGGAAGUCCAUUUACAUGCAAUCAAAAGCGGCUUGCGCCCAGGAAAGUUCCAGGAAACUAUUGCUGUAUCAAAGCCAAAAACACUGGCCGAAUUUCGUGAGAAGGCUAAGGGGCAGAUAGACAUCGAAGAGCUUCGUCAAGCCAGGAAAUCCGAAAAAUUGGCAAUUACCAAGGAUGGCGAUAAACCUCGGGAUAGCAAGAAGAGUUUUAAGCCCACCCCACGAUAUGACUCAUACACACAGUUUAAUGCUAAAAGGGACGACAUUAUCAAGGAAAUACUGAAUUCUAAGUUGAUCAAACCACCUCGAAAGGCUGGCAGUUACCCUGAACCCAAGAAUGUUGACAAAUCCAAGUACUGCACAUUUCAUCAGAAGUACGGUCAUACAACUGAUGAAUGCGUGAUCGCAAGAGACCUCCUUGAACGCCUGGCGAGACAAGGACAUCUUGACAAAUACAUUGCAGGGCAUAUACAGAAAAGGUCUAUUUCCGCGCCGGAUCCAUCUCCUGUGGGAUCAUCAUCCAAGGACAAGGAAAAAGCCCCUGCUCAACCGCGGGGUAUCAUCAAUUGUAUCUCCGGAGGAUACGCUGGUGGCGGGUCCACAAGCUCGGCCAGAAAGCGCACGUAUAGAGCCAUGUUAACUGUCGGAGAUACCACCAACAAUGCUCGGCCUGUACAAGACAUGCCAGAGAUGAUUUUCCGCCCAGCCGACUAUAAUAACACCGACACAAACUUGGAUGAUCCUGUUGUUAUCUCUCUCCAAUUGGGAGACUUAAUAGUUCGGAAAGUACUGCUGGAUCCAGGCAGCAGUGCCGACGUAUUAUUUUUCGCUACAUUUAAAAAAAAUGAAAUUAAGUACUAA